AUGGUUGUCCCAGAGUUAGGCACAUACGCCAAUCCUAUAGUUAUCGGAGAUGAUCUUGCUCCGUUGGGCUCGGCUUCCAAUCCCAUCGUGAUCCAGGUUGACGAGGGUUGGUGCCGCGAAGAACCAGACCAACUUGGCUCCGAUGCCGACACUGAGAUCAUGGCUACACCGGAAUUUUGGGAGACGUUGACCGGUGCAAACUUCGCCAUUCCGGUGAAGGAUGAUGCUGCUAUCGAUUCCGCUGUCAGUGUGCCAAUCGGAUCUCUAGUCCGUGAGGAUCCAGAAGCCCUUCAGCCAUUCAAGCAGUCAACUCUCAACGGUUUUCAGUCGGAUGACAAAGCAUUGAAGGUCAUGGAGAAUUCACUUGAUUCGUCGCGAGAAAGCCCGCGUUUUAGGGCUGUAAGGAGGGAGAGUGUUGUGAGUGACCAUAGAGGUGCGCUAGCUAACAACUAUUGA